AUGAGACUUUCAGUCGUUACAGGCCUUGUCGCAUUCAGCAGCAGUGUGCUAGCCCACGGUGGUGUCACUUCAUACACCAUCGAUGGCAAGCGCUACCCAGGCUAUAAAUGGUAUGACCCAGCCGAAGGCCAGAAAGACCUGAUUCAACGCUCUUGGCACGCCUUCCCACACGAAGAUCCCACCUCUAGCAACCUGACCUGCAACUAUAAGGGCGCCACCGUUCCAGGCGCGUUCCAUGCGCCAGUACAGGCCGGAGCCACCAUCAGAACCGGCUGGGGAGAAGACAGCUUCGGUUGGGUCCACAACUAUGGGCCAAUCGUGGCGUACAUGGCGUCCUGCGGAGACGACUGCACGUCCAUAACCGACAUUAGUCAAUUGGAGUGGUUCAAGAUUGCGGAAGAAGGUCUUCGCGAAGGGUUUGCGAUUGGAGAUUUGGACGGUUGGUUCCAAAACGAUCUUUGGGAGAACAAGAAGGCAGACCAUUGGAAUAUCGUAGUGCCGAAGAACUUGAAGCCUGGACGGUACAUGAUUAGGCAUGAGAUCAUCAUGAUUGAGCUGUCGCCGGUGCAGUUCUAUCCAAACUGUGCGCAGCUAGAGGUUACGGGCUCGGGCUCUAGUGUGCCUGGAAAGGAAUUCUUGGUUAAAUUUCCCGGGGCUUAUUCUCUCAGUGACCCUGGGAUUAAAAUAUCCGGGAAGGUUAGAACCGACAAGGUUACUAAGACCUACACGGUGCCCGGCCCAAAAGUUUGGACUGGUUAA